AUGUCCGGCAACGAAGAUGGAGAUUUCAAGCCCACCUGGAGCUUUGCAGGCCUUGGAGCCGCCACUGCAGCGUCCACUACUAGCCGGAGGUCAAGCCGCAAACCCACAGGUGCCAGAGGAGGAAGAAGCAGCCCAACACCAUCGGUGGCACCUUCCCAAAGAACUAUGGCUCCCAAAGCAACUAACCGCAUAUCGCAGCCAUCCAGCACCGCAGCUUUGUCUUCCGCCUCAGCUUCAACUCACAGACCGAGAACCCAGCCCAGGGAAGAUGACGAUGACAAAACUAUCACGAGCCGACGCCGCCCGGCAGACAGAGUAGGCAGCACACGAGAAUGCGCCGUCUGCACAGAAGAACUUGCAGAUUCGGAAUUCCCCACCAAGCACAUCACCAGCGCCUGCAACCAUGCGAUAAACACUUGCAAGACCUGCCUGAAGACUUCAAUCCGCUCCGACAUGAACAACAAAUUCUGGAAUCGCAUAUCCUGCCCCGAGUGCGGCGCCUCUCUGAUUCAAGAAGACGUGGAGCGGCACGCAGAGCCGGCAACCGUUGAAAAGUACAGAAAGCUCAAGGAGAACGCCGACCGGCAAGCAUCGCCAAAUUUUCGCUGGUGCGCCGCGGGCUGCGGCGCGGGACAAGAGCACACCGGCGGGCCGAACCAGCCCAUGAUGAUCUGCCAAGGCUGCAACGCCAGGUCUUGCUUCAAUCAUGAAUGUCGAUGGCACGAGGGGUUCACGUGCAGGCAGUGGGACAAGGUCACCGAACCGGACGACGACGAGUCCGUGGCGUCCACAAGGAAGCCUCCCACCCUGGCACGAUCCGAGGCCUCCCCCAGAAGGGGCUUAUCAAGUGCUGCAUCUGAGGUUUCUUCAAGACAGUCGGUGCCCGUAGCGGCAUCCAAGGCUUCCAAAAGAUGUGAUAAAUCCAGUGUCAUAUCUGUGUCUCCUUCCCUAGCAGCAUCGACGGCAUCCUCUCAAAGACCACCCUCAGUUGCAUCGUCGCGAGCAUCCGUACGCUCAGCAACCAGCGCAUUAACACGGAGCACCGUAUCUGGAACAUCAAAUCUGUCAAGAGCAACAUCGCCGACAGCAAGCCAAAGUAGCUCGAGAACCAUUCGCCCUGCACCAUCAUCGGCUGCCUCAUCUGUCAGCCACCUCCACGUCUCACGCCGUGCACAAAGCAGCAGCAGAACUUCAAUGCAAGGAGAUGUGUCGGACCGCCAGCUCAGCGAAAGGAGGCUAAUAUCGAUCCGUGAAGAGGAAGAAGCUACAAACAUAAAGUUCAGCAUGGAGCUAGCGCGAAGGCUCCAGCUAGAUGAAGACAGAGCCACCGCAAAGUUUUACGAAGGCGAAAGCCUAAAGGCGGCCAGACAGCUUGCUGCUGAGUUCGCUGCUGAGGAGGUUGCCAGCCGGGAGCAACUCAGUCUGGGCCUCGCACGUCGGAUGCAGGAGGAGUGGGCCGCCAUGGAUGAGGAGGAAAGAGAAAAGAGCAGUGCAAGCAUGGCACGUCGCCUCCAGGAGGCAGAGAAUGCGUCCCUGGUGAACACGGACUUUAUGAUAGCCCAACGUCUCCAUCAGGAAGAGGAGGCGAGAGCUCGCUCUGGCGGCGAGCAAUGGGAUCCUGAGCUGCGCGGUGGUGGCGUCUCUUUGAGUCGGCCGCGCUCACCCAAGAGCAGAAGGCGCAGCCGAGGACAUGGUCGUGACCACGAGUAUCGGCAUCGCUCCAGCCAUUCUGACAGACAUCAUGAGAGAUUACACCAUCAUAGACGGCCAAGCUUGGCCGAUGACGACCGUCGGUACAGAGAGCGCGAAGAUGUUCACGAAACAAGGAGAACUUACGAAGAGCAAAAGCAAAAAGAGGAGCGAGAGAGGGGCUCCCGUAAGGAAGAGCAGCUAGCGGCACAAAGACGCCAAGAUAAAGAAAAAGAGGAACGUGAAGAAGCAGCCCGGAAGCAGGAGGCACUGAUGGAGCAGAAACGACGCGAGUUGGCGACUGCAGCAGCCAAACAGGUACGGGAGCAGCAGGCCGCGGCUGCUGAGCUGAAGAGCAGGAGAGAGGCCGCACGGGCCGAGAGGGCGCGCAUGGCGGCAGAGCGAGGUAUCCCACAGUCUGCUGCUGGUGCUGGACAAACCUUUGUGCAGGGCGACGCGAUUCAAGAGGCCAAGAUGAGGCGCAAGCAAGAGCGGGCGAGCGAGGCUGCCAUCAAGCUGUUGUCAAAACCUUGCCCUGAGUGCAAGUUUGACACUUUUAAAGCCGAAGGAUGGUGA